AUGACUGUGAAGGUUGGCGACAUUGUCCUGGCUUACCAUGGGGUCAUGAUUUAUGACGCAAAGGUCCAAAAGGUGGACAACGGUCAGGGUGUGCAAGAGACGACAGUUGCUAAAAAUCAAGUGUCAUCAAACACACAGUAUUAUCUGCACUACCAAGGCUGGGCCAAGAAAUGGGAUGAGUGGGUCCGUCAUGACCGAGUGUUAGAAGAUACACCAGCCAAUCGCGCACUGCAGAAGAAAGCAAAAGAAGAUUUAGCUAAGGCGAAGACGAAUAAGCGCUCGGCUAAACGAAAGAAGAUCAGCUCGGCUGGCGUUGAUACGCCCAGUACUCGUAAAUCUCCAUUUAAGCGCUUAAAGCGCAGUACAGACGGUGAGUUCGAGGAGUAUCCAGGACCUACCGAAGGAUUAGCUGAGGAGCGAUCGUCUACAAAACAAGUGAAUAUUCAAAUGCCAUUUUCGCUUAAGAAACAGCUUGUGGAAGAUUGGAAGAAUGUGACCCACGUACCGCACAAGCUUGUGCCUUUGCCCAGAAAGCCAAACGUGAGUCAGAUCAUCCAGACAUAUCUGACAUUUAAAAAAAGUAAAGUGCGUGAAGGUGAUGCAAAUGAUGAAAAGGAAUAUAAGAAUGUUGAAGGGAUCAUGGUGGGUGUGCAAUCUUACUUUGAUCGAGCCUUGAGCUCUAUUCUACUCUAUCGUAUGGAAAGACGUCAAUAUCAAGAGCUCCAACAAAACGAGAAUAAAGACGUUGCAUUGUCUCAAAUCUAUGGAGCUGAACACUUAAUUCGACUUUUUGUGAGAUUACCGGUGCUGUUAGCAAGCGCUAACAUCUCUCCGCGUGGACUAAAUCAGAUCCAAGCGCGUUUGAACGACUUUUUGAAAUUUAUUCAAAAGAAUUCGGCAGCAUGGUUUGUCACGGAAUACGAAAUAGCUUCGGACAAGUACAUUGAAAAGGCCAGUGAUUUUUCUUAA